GGUUUUCUUUGCAGCACAGAGGGCUACAUGGCCUCCUCCUACAGUUGUGAUACUCGACACUACUAACUAGGACUUUAUCAAAAACAUUUGAGUUCUUUGCCUUCAGUAGACAUACACUCUGAAAGGAAUUACAGCACUUAAGCUGUUUAUUGUAGGUUAAACUGUUCAUAACAAGCGGUUUAGGAACAUCUGCAGGUUUUAUCUUCAAUUUGCUGCAUUUUUCUUUCUCCAGCAUUCCUCUUGUUGCAGAAACAGAUGCGUCUUCCCGUUCAUUAAGUGAGCUGUGACCCUUUCAACGAACCUUGACUGCAUUUGGGAAACGAGACCUCCAAGUGAAGACCACCAUGUCCUGUGAGGAAGACUCUUACAUCUUCUCCACCGACACCCUACCCAGCGACCGCCGCUUCCUCCCUCCACUGGCCAAUGGGCUUCUGGGAUGGAGGGUGUACAACAACACCAUGCACAUGGGUGGUGUGUAUAACGGGGAGGGUGGACAUUGUCACCGAGCAGAUGUCCCCUGUCCUUUCGCUGUGAAGGUUGAGGCAGAAGAACCAGGCCAGCAUAACUACAGCCUGAACACCCACACAGGCAUUUUUACUCACACUCUGAGCUCAGCAAGUGUAACGGUCACACAGUCUCUGUAUUCACACCGACACUACCCCAACCUGAUGGUGAUGGAGGUCCUGAUGGUGCGUCAGGUGACUUCAGAGGAGCCAAUUACUGUUAACCUGGUCAGUUCAUUCACACCUCAGAGCAAAGACAUACUUUUUGAGUCAGGUCCUGAUUACAAAGGAGGAAGUCACAUUCAAGGAAAGGUGACGACUGCUGAGUACCCAGGAGGUUCCUGUCCCUCAGUGCACCUUAUCUGGACCACCAUACCCUCCACUCUGACACUGCCUCCAGACCACAGCCAGGCCUGCUGGGGCUUCGUCCUGGUUGUGGCCAACAGUUUAGAAUCUGCUGAGGCCAAUUUUGAUGAGGGCCUGGAUCUGAAGGCGACUGGUGACCUGCGUCCGUCUCACGAGAAGGCCUGGAAAGAACGGUGGCUGCAGAGCAAGGUGGAGGUGGUAGGGUCAGAGAGCCUCUGCAAGGCUCUGAUUGGCUGCAUGUUUUACCUUCUCAGCGCCUUCCCCUCCAUUAACGACAACACCAGCUCUUUUGGUGGAGUCAGUCCAGGCGGGCUGUCUAAUGGUGGCGAUGGUCAGGACUACUGGGGCCACGUUUUCUGGGACCAGGACAUUUGGAUGUAUCCUGGCAUUGCCCUCUUCUAUCCCAAGCUAGCCCGAGCUGUGCUGGAGUACAGGGUGGGGACUAUAGAGGGCGCAAAAGACAACGCCCAAAAGCAGGGCUUCAAGGGACUGAAGUUCCCAUGGGAGAGUGCUGUGUCAGGGAGGGAGGUGUGCCCGGAGGACAUUUAUGGACAACAAGAGAUUCACAUAAAUGGAGACGUCACCCUGGCCUUCCAACACUAUCUCUACCUCACUGAGGAUCUGUCCGUGUUCACAGAGGGCCAGGGCAGGGAGGUGAUAUACGGUGUGGCUGAUUACUGGGUUUCUAGAGCGUCAUGGAACCCAGAGGACAAGAAGUAUCAUCUCUUAGGUGUGAUGCCACCUGACGAGUAUUAUUACAAUGUCGACAACUCUGUUUACACAAACACAGUGGCCAAAUUCAGUCUCCAGUUCGCUGUAGAAUUGUCUGAACGCCUCCAACAUCCUGCACCGAAGGAAUGGCAGGAAGUGGCCGAACACCUCAAAAUACCUUUUGACGAAGAAUCCCAGUACCAUCCUGAGUACGAUGGCUACAUCAAAGGUCAACCGGUGAAGCAGGCAGACACAGUGAUGUUGGGAUAUCCUCUUGGUUUGCAAAUGACCCCAGAGAUCAGGAGAAAUGACCUUGAAGCAUAUGAGCCAGUAACAGACCCUAAUGGUCCGGCCAUGACAUGGGGUAUGUUUGCAAUCGGCUGGCUGGAGCUCGGCGAGGCUGAGAAAGCUCAACAUUUACUUGAGAAGUGCUUCAAAAACAUCCAGGGACCGUUCCAGGUCUGGAGUGAAUCAUCAGAUGGCUCUGGUGCAGUAAACUUUCUUACGGGGAUGGGGGGAUUCCUGCAAGCUGUGCUGUUCGGUUAUACUGGCUUCAGAGUUCAGAAGGAAUGUCUGGCCUUUUCCCCAAUUCUUCCCGAUGGCAUAUCUGAGCUCUGCGUCCGUGGUGUGAACUACCUGGGCAGUCAGAUGGACUGGCUGCUGAGGAAAGAUGAAGUUUGUAUCAUACUGAGGGAAAAGGCAAAUAGUGCUGGCAACACUAAGUCCUGCGAUCUGCAGGUGGUCCUGAAGGCAUCGGGAACUAAACUCCCUCUCACCCCAGGGAAGCCGGUAACUUUUCCUCCGGAGCCUGGGUAUGUUUGUAAACUGCCUUCGAUGUCUUCUUGUUGGCCUCUCUGA